AUGACGUCUUCCACCCGUUCGGCCGAGAAGCCAACCACUUCGGACCUCGAAAUCGCCCAAGGGAAUGACUUUGAUGCUGUGGCAUCCCCUGAAAACAAGGCCGGGGCUACUGAGAGUGCCUUGGAAUCAAGUGACGAGACAGACACGAUAGUCCAGUCAAAGUACGACUCGAGCUGGAUUCGUAGAGUAACGACACCAAAGAACUGCCGAUGGGAUGAUAAAUCUCCGCCUGCGCUGACCAUGGCGCAUUGCUUGCUAUAUGCUAUGUCUGCUGCUUUUACCGUGGCCAAUCUCUACUACAAUCAGCCUAUUCUCAACAAGAUAGCUGCCGACUUUAAAGUCACUUAUGAGGAAUCAUCUCAAGUUGCAACCUUGCUGCAGUCGGGUUACGCUGCGGGACUUGUAUUUGUCUUACCUCUAGGUGACAUUCUCGAGAGACGUCCUUUCAUUAUCUCACUCAUCAUUGUUACUGCGACUCUUUGGAUAGGUCUCUGCGUGACCAACGACUUUACAGUCUUUCGCGCCCUGUCUUUCAUAUGCGGUGUUACCACAGUCACGCCUCAAUUGAUGAUCCCCCUCGUGGGAGACUUUGCUCCUCCACGUCGGAAGGCAUCUCUCUUGGCUAUUGUCGUUUCUGGGCUCAUGCUCGGUCUCUUGAUGGCCAGGUUCCUGUCUGGAGUUGUCUCCAAUUAUACCAGUUGGCGCAACAUCUACUGGUUCUCCUGUGGCGCCCAGUAUCUACUCGCCUCGGUGCUCUUCUUGUUCAUGCCUGAUUAUCCUUCUACUAACCCGGAUGGCCUCAACUAUUUCCGUGCCCUUUGGUCGAUUCCUUAUAUGAUGGCUACAGAACCGGUUCUUAUCCAGUCCUGCCUCAUCGCCUUUACCCUCUCGACCAUCUUUACUUCGUUCUGGACAACCCUCACCUUCUUGCUGGCGUCUCCCCCUUAUGACUACUCAUCGCUACAGAUUGGUCUCUUUUCUCUGACUGCGAUCGCAACCAUCAUUUCAAUCCCUCUCAUUGGAAGGCUCAUCGAUCGUUUCGUGCCCCUGCUGUCAACAAUCGCCGGCCAGAUCCUCGCGCUGAUUGGCACUCUUGUUGGCACAUUCAUCAGUAAAUCCACCGUGGCAGGACCCAUCAUCCAGGCCAUCGGCAUCGACAUUGGUAUGCAGACAGCUCAGGUGGCAAACCGCGCCGCCAUCUUCAACAUCAACCCCAGGGCGCGCAACCGGGUAAACACAGCAUACAUGGCUUUGGCGUUUGUAGGUCAGUUGACGGGUACGGCUGUUGGAAACAAGCUGUAUGCCGAUGGAGGUUGGAAACGGAGUGGCGCUUGUAGCAUUGCCUUUGUCGGAGCUUCAAUUAUCUUUUCCCUGGCGAGGGGCCCUAGAGAGACGGGCUGGAUUGGAUGGACAGGAGGAUGGCAUCCACGAAGAGAUGAUAUACCACCUCCUGCUCCGCGGGACGAGGAGACGAGCCAGCCAGAAGCUACAAAAGAAUAG